UUCGGCGCGCGCGGUUGGUACUUAAAUUUCUCCGAUUUUUAAAAACAAGAUGCGUCUCUGGGAAGCAGUUCUUCUGAUUCUAGCGGUGGUUGGCGGAGAUGGUCUCAAGAUCUUGGGGAUUUUCCCGUUCGCUUCGUACAGCCACAACUCGUUGGGAAGCAAACUGAUGAGAGAUCUGGCGGCGAGGAAUCACCAGGUGACUUUCAUCAGCGCAUUCGAGGAGAAAAAUGCGGCGAAGAAUUUGAGGGUAGUGCACAUGAAAGGGGCAUAUGAAAACCUGCAGGAAAUGUUUAAGAAUGUGAAUUUAUUCGAGUCGAACUCACGGUGGAUGGUGACAAACACUUUAUUAGUACAUGGCAUGUGGAUGCAGAUUACUCGUGAAGUGCUGGAGCAUCCGAACACCAAGAAGCUUCUUUCUUCCGGGGAGGAAUUCGAUCUGAUAGUGAUCGAACAGUUCUUGAACGAUGCUCAUAAGGGAUUUUGUCAUCACUAUAAUGCGCCGUGCGUGAUCUUCUCGGCGGUGGGCACCAACCAUUGGACGAACGACCUGGUGGGUAAUCCCAGUAACCCAAGUUAUAUGCCCGAGAUGAUCAUCGGACAUGCCGGUCCCAUGGACUUCUGGCAACGUGUGAAGAAUACCGCCAUAGUUGUAUACACACAACUCUUCAAGCACCUCAAGGCCAUUCCCGAUCACGACCGAUUGAUGCACGAGACAUUCCCUGACGCUCCGCCUCUGAAACAGUUGAUUCGCGAAACAGCCCUCGUUCUGCUCAACUCGCACCCCAGCAUCACCACUCCCAACCCGCACGUUCCGAAUAUGAUCGAAAUAGGCGGUUUCCACGUUGAGCCGCCGAAGAGCCUUCCCGAAGACAUCAAAGCUUUUCUAGAUGGGGCAGGCAAAGACGGUGCAAUCUACUUUAGCAUGGGCUCCAAUUUGAAGAGCAAGAGUUUCCCGUUGGAUAAGCGAGAAGGCAUUAUGAAGGCUCUCUCGAAAUUGAAAAUGAAAGUUCUGUGGAAAUUCGAGGACGAAAAUCUUCUAGGGAAACCAUCGAACGUUCUGAUCAAAAAGUGGUUACCACAGCAGGACGUGCUGGCGCAUCCGAAUGUGAAGCUGUUCAUUAGCCACGGCGGUUUGCUGAGCACCAUCGAGGCUAUCUACCAUGGAGUUCCGGUGCUGGGAAUUCCGGUUUUCGGGGAUCAAGCCAUGAACAUGAAGCAUGCCGUGCAGAACGGUUUCGCAGUAAUGACAAGCUAUUCUACUCUUAGCGAAGACACAUUUGGCGAGGCACUGAAUCAAAUUUUAGCCGAUCCAAAAUACGCGGAUAAUGCCAAAAUGCGUUCGCGAAUUAUGCACGACAGACCAAUCAAACCUAAAGAUUCGGCGAUGUUCUGGAUCGAGUACAUCGGAAGACACGGAUUAGCCGAUCAUCUCAAAUCGCCUGCCAUUCACUUGAAACUCCAUCAAGUUCUAUUACUCGACGUCAUCGGUUUUUACCUCUUCGUCUUCAUCUUCACCCCGCUUUCAAUUUACUACGCCUUAAAGAGAAUUUGCAGGUACACGAGGGCUGGUAAAAUAAUCAAAAAGAAAAGUAAAUGAUCCAAUCUUAAUUAUUAUUUAGAUUUAGAACCUUUC